AUGGCUGAACAACAAGCCCUCACUCAAAAAUUGAUGGCUGAUCAGCAGGCCCAAACCAUAGCAAUGAGAAAUUUGGAGCGCCAAGUGGGACAACUUGCCAGUGCUCAAAACACUAGACCAGUUGGAGCUCUUGCAAGUGACACUAAAGCUAAUCCUAAGAAGUCAGAGAAGCCAGCUGAAGAGGCGGUGGCUGAGCAACCCCCACCAUUGGUUGCAAGGCCACCAUCUCCGUUCCCUCAAAGAUUUCAGAAAAUGAAGGAUAACACCGCAUAUAAAAAGUUUCUUGAUAUUUUGAAGCAGGUGCAAAUUAAUAUUCUAUUGGUAGACAUCUUACAAGAAGUGCCCAAAUAUGCAAAGUACAUCAAGGACAUAGUGGCAAAUAGAAGGAGGUUGACCGAGUUCGAAACUGUGGCACUCACUGAGGAGUGUAUCUCAAGAAUUCAAAGCAAGUUACCUCAGAAAUUGAAGGAUCCAGGUAGUUUCACUAUCCAAAUCUUGAUUGGUAAACAUGCAGUUAGGCGAGCUUUAUGUGAUCUUGGAGUGAGCAUCAAUUUGAUGUUGCUAUUUGUGUUCAGACAAUUGGGGAUGGGUGAGCCACGCUCUACAACGGUAAUCUUACAGUUGGUUGAUUGCUCCCUUGCUCAUCCUAAAGGAGUGAUUGAAGAUGUGUUAGUUCAUGUUGGUUCUUUCAUAUUCCCUGCUGAUUUCAUUAUCUUGGACUACGAGCCUGAUCAGGAAGUCCCAUUUAUUUUGGGGCGUCCAUUCUAG